AUGAAGGGCUUCCUCCACGUCCUACGAGCGCUGCGGGACGCCGCGCGGAGGGUGGAGGCCGGGGAAGUACAAGGGCCGGCGCUGCAGGCGCUUCUGGCGCUCGAGGCCGGCGCCGACGACCUCCUCGCCGGCGACCCCGAUCUCGUCGCCCUGCGCCGCCUCCUCUACCGGCUCAGAGCGCUCUCGUGCUCCCUCGACCUGUGCAGCGCCGGGGCGGCUGGCUCCGGCUCCCUGUCCCUGCGCGCGCGGUGGCGCCGGUGCGGCGCGUGGAAGGCGGUCGCGCGCGUGGCCGGCGCCGUCGCCGGCGAGAUCCAGGCGUGGGUCGACCGCGAGGCCAUCGCGCACCUCGUGGCCGCGCUUCGCGGCGGCAGGGCGGACGCCGCGCGCUCCCUCCUCGCGGAGCUCGAGGAGCGGCUGCUGUCUUUGGGCGGGCGGUUCGACCCGCGGCUCCAGCGCGCGCUGCUCCGCCACGGCGUGUUCCCGGCGGUGGAGGCCGGGCUCGGGGACCCCGCCGUGGGCGACGGCUGCGCGGCCGCGGUGCUGGCGCUGGUGCGCUUCAACAAGGACGUGUUCGUGGGGCCCGUCCUCAUGGGCCCCGACGUCGGCGCGCUGGUGGCGUCCGCGUCCGCGUCCGCGUCCGCGGCGCCGCUGCGCGCGCUCAACGGCCUGGUGGACGCCAUCCGGAGCCCGCUGGUGGACGAGCUCCACGCGCGGGGCGAGCUCCCGCGGCUCGUCGCGCUGCUGUGCGCGCCUGACCCCCGCGCCCGCGUCCCCGCACUCGGCUUUGCGCUCCGCGUCGGCUACUACGGCCGGAAGGAGGUGGUGGACGCUCUCCUCGCCGAGGGUCUUGUGAAGCGCCUCCUCUGCCUGCAGCGCUCCGACCUCGGCGGCUCGCUCGCGGACACGGACACGGACGAGGACGAGGAUGGCUGCCCAAAGGCGAAGCCCGACGACGCCAAAGCCGACGGCUCCCUCCUCCUGGCCUGCCUCCCCGCGGUGUGGCGGCGUCACGACGGCGCCGCGGACACGGACAUGGAGGAGCGGCCGUUUGUGAGCGCAGUGGCGCGGUUCGCGGUGCAGGUGGAGGUGGGCGUGGGGCUGAGCCCGCGGGAGAAGCGCGAGACGAAGCUGGAGAUCCUGCGGCGGGUGCGGGAGGCGGCCGUGUCGCCGGCGGAGGAGGCCACCGUGCUCGCCGAGGUGCUCUGGGGCGCCACGCCGUAG